GAACGCAGAUUGUGGAGGGUCUUUAAGUCUUAGGGGUUAACAGAGCGCGACUGAGCAUAAACAGUUAUGAACUGCUCCUUACAGUGAGUCUUAUCAUUUAAAGAAGAACAGCGUCCAACAUAAGACGUAGGGAACGAGCUGACAAGUUAUUGGACAAAGUUAACAGGGAGCUUAACAGGGACAUUAGAUCAACGUAAGGACUGGAUCUGUCUUUAAAUGGAACCUUUACAUGUCAAACCCUCUGGUAUACUAGGCACUAGUUCAGGACUCGUUGACAACGAAGGAUUAAAUUCGUUUAAUGUUGACAAAGCAACGACAGCGAUCUGGAAAAUGGCUGACAAUAGAUCCAGUACUUCACCAACUCAAUUCAGUGACAGUAGCCAAAACGUCAAAUCAGCAUUUCACAGAGUUAGUGACAGGAAAAUGAAAGUUUUACAAGUUGUUACACAAGGCGAGACGAUGAACAAUAACGGCACAGAAAACUUGCUAUCUGCAGUUCAGGCGCAAAAUGACAGGAAUUCAAAUGAUCAGAAACAUUCGACAUCAGGUCUCAAGUUCGGAAUAGAUAGUAUACUUGCCUCGCAAGCAAAAAUAAAAUCUGCAGCAGAAAAAGAUAUCAAAGACCUCGAAGAAAUCCGAAGAGCAAACGACCUCGAGCGUUUCGCCUCACAGGGCAGCACCAGCCGCGUAGCGGCAUCCACAACGCCGACGACAACGUCACCCCUCGCUGGCAUCACCCCUCCGUCUCCCUCCAGCCCUAUGCUGCCCCUCUCCUCCGCCGCGGCCGCCGAGUCCCCCAGCCUUUUCUCUUCGCUGUAUAACUACUGGAGUAUGUUCCCGUAUAUUGGUGCCGGGGAUGCUUUCUCUGCGCUGGUUCACCAGAGAGAGGCGAUGCUUAGGUUUUCAACAGUUUCAGACAUUACAAAGCAAACGGCCCUCCCACCCUCAGUGACGGCGUCCAUGAUGGAUUACUACAGUCAACUGCAGGCGGCGCCACUGAGGAGCAAGAGGCUCUGGAAGCGCACCGUGUAUACGCCGGAGCAGAAGCGCUACCUGGAGUCACAGUUCCAAGCUCAGAAAUUCGUGGAUGUUUUUGAGAGACGGCGACUGGCGUUUGUUCUGGGACUCACCGAUGAAAAUGUUAAAGUAUGGUUCCAAAACCGUCGCAAACGUUGGCGCCGGGCCCUGAUGCAGGGAGACGGAUCACUGAAAACCCUUGACAGUCUUGAGGACUACCGCAAAUUCCAAGCCCAAAGAAACAGCGUCGACCCAGACGACAUGGAGGAGGUUAUUGAGGACGAAGAUGAGUGACGUCAAUGCACACGCAACAAGGUUCUUUGUCCUCUGCAGGACGAUUACUUUAAACACAGCGUUUUGACGAACGCCGUUGAUG